AAACAACCCAUAACAUGAAGUCAUGAAGUCUUCCCUCGCAAAAUAUCGGUUAAUGGAAGGCUAAUUAAUUAAGUUCGUAAAAAAGCUUUAAUACUCUACUUACCUAAAAAAUCCCACACUCUCCGUAACGUCGGUUCACGCGCCCCUCUCGAUGUCACCCUUACCGGCGAUCUCACGUUACGUCAUCGCUUAUCCCUCUUUCUCAAACCCUCUUAUUCCUCUUAUCAUGCUUUACUCGUCGGCCGGCGCCUUUUCUCUCUCUUCUUUCUCUCUCCUACUUUCUCUCUCCUCCAAUAAAAUUCCUCCGAUUACCUCCAUAACUUCAACAACCUACCCUACCUCCUUCUUCUUCUUCAUCUUCCUCUUCUUCCUUUGACUGAUCUGAUUGUUCUCAAGGUUUUUAUCAAUGGCGGAAGGUCCAGAUUCAUCGUCGCCAUCUCUGGCGAUGAUUUCAUCGUCUCGGCCUGUUCCAGUGAGGGAGGAUUGUUGGAGCGAAGACGCGACGUUUACGCUGAUCGAGGCGUGGGGACAGAGGUAUAUUGAGCUGAAUCGAGGAAAUCUGAGGCAGAAACAAUGGCAGGAGGUUGCUGAUACGGUGAAUAACCGCCAUGGACAUGUGAAGAAAGCUCGGAGAACGGAUGUGCAGUGUAAGAAUCGGAUCGAUACUUUGAAGAAGAAGUAUAAGAUUGAGAAGGCUAGGGUUUUGGAUUCUAAUGGUGAGUAUAAGAGUUCUUGGCCUUUCUUUGAUCCUUUGGAUCAAUUGAUUGGAUCUACUAUGCCGUUGAAGAAAAUUUCUUCUCCUUCGCCUCCAAUGGCGGUUCCGUUGAUUGCUCAUCGGACGCCGAUGAUUUUGCCUCAGAAGAGGCCGGCGCCGUCUCCGUCGCCUCCGGUUCCGACUCCGGCGCCGAUGCGAGGUGAUGAGCCGUCGUAUUUUAGGAAGAAUUAUUCGGCGAUUGCUGCUGCUGCCGCGGCUGCUGCGGUGGAGAGUGAGGAUGAGGAUGAGGAAGAAGAGGAGGAGGAGGAAGAGGAAGUAGAGGUGAGUGGAGAGAGUAGUGAGGCGGAUGGGAUAAGGAAGCUGGCAAGGGUGAUUGAGAAGUUUGGGGAGGUUUAUGCGAAAGUCGAGGCCGAAAAGCAGAGGCAGAUGGUUGAAUUGGAGAAGCAGAGGAUGCAAUUUGCCAAGGAGAUGGAGUGUCAAAGGAUGCAGAUGCUUGUUGAAAUGCAGGUGCAGCUUGAGAAGGUUAAGCGUGCCAAGAGAUCCGAUUCGAAUGGAGGAACUAACCUCUCUUUCAUGCUCUCUUCAACUCUUACAGAUAUGUAUAGCUAGCUUCUUUGGGGAGCCACACUUGAAGUCUGAUUUAUGAGGUAGCCUGCAAUUUCUUGCUAAUGUAUCAAAUCGCUUUUGGGAAAGUUAAUACCAGUAAUUUUAGAAGUGCCGUGGACAGGAAGGUAGAAUGAUUUGCAAACUACAGUAGUUUGGAAUGUUAUGAUGGUUUAACUUCUAUUUGCUCUCUAUUGACUCUUGAUUCUUAGAUUAUUGCCCGAUUUGGAUAUGAUAAUUUGUAAUUCAAAUGUUUUACAAAAUGCUAGACGCUAGUAGGUCUUCAGGAAGCUCACGUCGGUCAUGCUUCUUUUGAAUGAAUGUGCAGUUGGAUUAUGUUCA